ACGAAAAUGGAUGUUUAAACGCAGGUAGAUGAGUAUUUGUCCUAAAACGUGAUCUUCCUUGUUGAUGCUGGAGCUUGAGGAGCUAUCCCUAUGCUCUGCUGCCACCUUGGCAGCUCAGAAGGAUUUACAACGGAGUUCUGCACAGGGAGAGCUGGAAGCAGCACUCCCACAGCCUCUCGUGGGGCUGGCAGCGCUCAGAAAGGCAUUUGAAACGGAUGUAGACUUGGGUAUAUUGCUGAGAGAAAUUAUAAUACCUCUCUGAUGGGAAGACACACUUUCUCUGUUUUUAAAUAAUUCAAUUUCAGCAAGAUCUAUGUGUCUGCCCUCUGAAUGCUCUGUAAAGGCUCCGUAUUUCUUUCUUUCUUUCCUUAGUCCGGAAUAGAGACAGAAGAAGGAUUCGGUUGAAGAUGUCCGUGUGUGGAUCUGAGUUUGCGCUCUGAGCGACGUCCUGGCUCAUUUGGGUGUGACGGUGACAGCAUAGGUGCUCUGCUGACAGUUUCUUCUUGUCUAAGCUUCCCUUCCGCGUCCACGAUAUGACUCGCUUCCACUCCAGUUAACUUCUUGGAAGUCCAGAGUACUUAGUCAAAGCUGUUUACAAAAUGCAAAGCAUCUGGGCGGCCAAUGCAGAGUCUUCUGCAUUCUCUAUGCGACUGCCUCCAAAAAAGAGCUGGGAAAUUUGGCGGAUCAAAAUGUAGGCGCUUAAAGCUGACCUGCUGCUGUCAAUGUUGGGACUUAGAUACAUUUUUGCAUCGUCAUUCUUGUGUGUGUUUCCCGUUUAUUCCAUUCGAAGGCUCAGGCUCGCGCUGUCUUGCGCGCGCGCUCUCCCCUCUCUCACCAUUUCCCAUUCACACAUCAAACUCCAUCCUCCGCAUCCCCAUCUUCCGGUGUCUUCGUCUGAGUUCUGUGAGUGUGUGUCAUUAGGCUUACUCGGACACUGGAUGGGUGAGUUGGAGGCGGCUUUCCUUGCGGUUUCAUUUACACUUGGCAUGGGUGGGUGGGCGCCCUCCACAACUCGUCUUGCACAAGGAACACAGUUAAAAUAAAAUCUAUAGCUAGAACCAUCGAAGAGUUCUGAAUCUUCAAAGUGCAGCUAGGACAGGAAAUAAUACAGGGUCGGGGGUGUGUGGAGGGGGGCAGAGAGCAGAAAAGUAAAGGAAUAAAACCAAGUUCGCUGGCAACUUCAACAAAUCCGGUAACUGGUGGCAAAAAAUAGACUCUGAGGGCUGGGUCUGGUCCGGAUGAAACGCUAGGGCUCCUUCCCAUCCUUGAGUCUUGGCGCUGGAAGCCAGCCACGGGCGUCUUGCCACGCGAGUGCCCCUAGACAGCAACACACCCACUGGAAACGCACGUGAACAAAGCUCUCGCCCCCGGGAGCAACCGCCUGCGGUUUCCUGGUCGAUCCUUGCUUCUCUAGGGAGCGUCAGGCGCACACAGGGUUAAGUUAGUUCCCUCCCUGGUAGGAGGGAGAGGAGGGGGAGGGGAAAAGCAGCACACUGUCUCAGGCUCGGUACCUAGUAGUUAGUUGUACGUUCGAAACCUGUCGCGGUCACUUGCGCGUUUGGCAUUAUCCAUUGUCACCGCGGAGGAACGGGCACUGGAGAUAACAUUAGUGCCCACAAAUCUCCGCGCCAAGGCGCUGCGCUACUCCCUUCCGAGGUGCACCUCUGCUCCUCCGUCCCGGGUGCCCAGCAGUGGCGAGGCGGCACCUCCGCUGCCGCCGCCGUGUCCACCGAGCCUCGGGACCAGGGUGGCAGUUCUCAACGAUGGGCAGGAGGGACCUCGGCGGUGACCCCUAAAACAAUACCAUGCCCCGGGAGCCCAGCUGCUGCCGCGCCAGCGUCUUCCCUUUCCACCUCCCCGACCCUGUCGGAUUCGGAUGAGCCCACUGCGAGGAGAAGACGCAGCCAUCAGAUUGCAGAUUGAGCUUAACCAAGAAGUUUGUAGGCUAAUCAAGCCUGGCUUGAACUACAAAAGAAGAAGAGAGCUUUGCCUGCCCACUUGGGCUUGUGCUGACUCGGCUGAUAACUUGCCAUCGCCCGUUGCCAGUGUGGAAAAUUCUCCCCGUUGAAUUUUUCCGCACAUGGAGGACAGCAGCAAAGAGGGCAACACAAGCUGAUAAGACCAGGGACAGCUGGGAGAUUAUUUUACCAUACGCCCUCAGGACGUUCUCUCUAGCAGGAGUUCUGGACUUUGACAGAACCCCGUCCAGUCAUCUUGAUUUUGCUGUUUAUUUUUUUUCUUUUUAUUUUCCCCACCACAUUGUAUUUUAUUUCUGUACUUCAGAAAUGGGCCUACAGACCACAAAGUGGCCCAGCCAUGGGGCAUUUUUCCUGAAGUCUUGGCUUAUCAUUUCCCUGGGGCUCUACUCGCAGGUGUCCAAACUCCUGGCCUGCCCUAGUGUGUGCCGCUGCGACAGGAACUUUGUCUACUGUAAUGAGCGAAGCUUGACCUCAGUGCCUCUUGGGAUCCCGGAGGGCGUAACCGUACUCUACCUCCACAAUAACCAAAUUAAUAAUGCUGGAUUUCCUGCAGAACUGCACAAUGUUCAGUCGGUGCACACGGUCUACCUGUACGGCAACCAACUGGACGAAUUCCCCAUGAACCUUCCCAAGAACGUCAGAGUUCUCCAUUUGCAGGAAAACAAUAUUCAGACCAUUUCACGGGCCGCUCUUGCCCAGCUCUUGAAGCUCGAAGAGCUGCACCUGGAUGACAACUCCAUAUCCACAGUGGGGGUGGAAGACGGGGCCUUCCGGGAGGCUAUCAGCCUCAAAUUGUUGUUUUUGUCUAAGAAUCACCUGAGCAGUGUACCUGUUGGGCUUCCAGUGGACUUGCAAGAGCUGAGAGUAGAUGAAAAUCGAAUUGCUGUCAUAUCAGACAUGGCCUUCCAGAAUCUCACGAGCUUGGAGCGUCUUAUUGUGGACGGGAACCUCCUGACCAACAAGGGUAUCGCCGAGGGCACCUUCAGCCAUCUCACUAAGCUCAAGGAAUUUUCAAUCGUACGUAAUUCGCUGUCUCACCCUCCUCCCGAUCUCCCAGGUACACAUCUGAUCAGGCUGUAUCUGCAGGACAACCAGAUAAACCACAUCCCUUUGACAGCCUUCUCAAAUCUCCGCAAGCUGGAACGGCUGGAUAUAUCCAACAACCAACUGCGGAUGCUGACUCAAGGGGUUUUUGAUAAUCUCUCCAACCUGAAGCAGCUCACUGCUCGGAAUAACCCUUGGUUUUGUGACUGCAGUAUUAAAUGGGUCACGGAAUGGCUCAAAUAUAUCCCUUCAUCUCUCAAUGUGCGAGGUUUCAUGUGCCAAGGUCCUGAACAAGUCCGGGGAAUGGCCGUCAGGGAAUUAAAUAUGAAUCUUUUGUCGUGUCCCACCACGACCCCCGGCCUGCCUCUCUUCACCCCAGCCCCAAGUAUAGCUUCUCCGACCACUCAGCCUCCCACCCUCUCCAUUCCAAACCCUAGCAGAAGCUACACGCCUCAAACUCCUACCACAUCGAAACUUCCCACGAUUCCUGACUGGGAUGGCAGAGAAAGAGUGACCCCACCUAUUUCUGAACGAAUCCAGCUCUCUAUCCAUUUUGUGAAUGAUACUUCCAUUCAAGUCAGCUGGCUCUCUCUCUUCACCGUGAUGGCAUACAAACUCACCUGGGUGAAAAUGGGCCACAGUUUAGUAGGGGGCAUCGUUCAGGAGCGCAUAGUCAGCGGUGAGAAGCAACACCUGAGCCUGGUUAAUCUAGAGCCCCGAUCCACCUACCGGAUUUGUUUGGUGCCACUGGAUGCUUUUAACUACCGCGCCGUAGAAGACACCAUUUGUUCAGAGGCCACCACCCAUGCCUCCUAUCUGAACAACGGCAGCAACACCGCGUCCAGCCACGAGCAGACGACAUCCCACAGCAUGGGCUCCCCCUUUCUGCUGGCGGGCUUGAUCGGGGGCGCUGUGAUAUUUGUGCUCGUGGUCUUGCUCAGCGUCUUUUGCUGGCACAUGCACAAAAAGGGGCGCUACACCUCCCAGAAGUGGAAAUACAACCGGGGCCGGCGGAAAGAUGAUUAUUGCGAGGCGGGCACCAAGAAGGACAACUCCAUCCUGGAGAUGACAGAAACCAGUUUUCAGAUCGUCUCCUUAAAUAACGAUCAGCUCCUUAAAGGAGAUUUCAGACUGCAGCCCAUUUACACCCCAAAUGGGGGCAUUAAUUACACAGACUGCCAUAUCCCCAACAACAUGCGAUACUGCAACAGCAGCGUGCCAGACCUGGAGCACUGCCAUACGUGACAGCCAGGGGCCCAGUGUUAUCAAGGAGGACAAUUAAACUCUUGAGAACACACUCGUGUGUGCACAUAAAGACACGCAGAUUACAUUUGAUAAAUGUUACACAGAUGCAUUUGUGCAUUUGAAUACUCUGUAAUUUAUACGGUGUACUAUAUAAUGGGAUUUAAAAAAAAGUGCUAUCUUUUCUAUUUCCAGUUAAUUACAAACAGUUUUGUAACUCUUUGCUUUUUAAAUCUUAAAAAAAAAAUAGUUGCUGAAGUACUGUACAGGGUUGUACAAUGAGAACCCAAUGCCAAGGCAAAAGAACGAGUGAUUCUUCCUUAGGAUACACAUCAACCACUUUGCUGUUGAAGCUGUCAGAAUAAAUUCCUGGUGGUUAGAUGAAAGGGCGGAUUAAAUGGACUCAUCAGGGUGAAAGGAAUAAUAUGGGUAAAACAAGAAAUGGCCCAGAUAUUUUCACACGAUUUCUAUGCCUCCAGGUCUGGAAGACAGGUAAAAAAAUUCUAGCAUGUAAGAAUGGAGGUAGUUACCCUGAUUUGACCCAAUGUGGGGAAUGCUGGAAACACCAGGAGGAAGUCAGUUCCCAUGAGAUAGGUUAACCCGGCCUGACAGAAUCAAGAAAAUUGAGAUGAAAUUUGAAAAAACCUGAAAACACAGGGGUUGGCUUUCUGACUGGGAACUUAAAAAUCACGCUUUGUGCUUCCCUGCCCCUAUGUGAUAACAGAGUUAAGAGACUUGAGUCUGAUUUCGAUCAUCUUCAGGGACCGACCUGAUGUUGUAGAGAGAAAACUCCCUUUAAAAGUGUUACUAUUCAAAUCAGAUGUCAGGUUGAAUCACAUUCAACAGAGAUAUAUUCUAGAAUACUUUUUUAGAAGAGGCUAAUAAAAUAAAGGGAAGAAUUAUAUUGAAUGGAAUUAUUUUUGAUAACGAGAAUUAUUUGGGUAGAUUCAUUGAGGCUAUGUCAACAUGAUAUUUAGACCAACAGGUGAUCAAUAUUUGGAAAAUACAAUGUCUUAUUUAAAAAUUACCCUAACUGCUAUUUAGACAAAAACAAUUGAUCAGUGGUUCCGUUACGUCAGCUGACUUUGUCAGUAUCAUGUUGAAAUAGCCUGAAGUAAUAUCUUUUAUCCCCUGGCAAACUCUUGUCUUCCAAUCAUCUCCCAUAUAUUUUCAUAAUUAGUUGUUUGUGCCACCUUUGUUUUUCUCCCUCUGCUCAGUAUUUCAAGGAAAAUUAUGGAUGCCAGUCUUGGCUGCACAAAAUAUCCGUAUGUACUUAUACAUUUGUAAAUGCAUACUAAUUUUCACUGCUAAUAAUUCUGUAAGGACACAUCAAAGAUGGCCAAAAUAAUGAAGUAUUUUGAAAGCAAUACAUGGUUUCCACCUUGGACUGACAUUGAUCCUGUUCCACUUUUGAAACUUGAUUUGUUCCUUUUCCAUCAUGGAUGUUCCUCUACUUUGAGAAUUGUGGAGGGAUACCCAGUCUUAUGUUAGCAGGACAACCCAUGAAAAACAAACAAGUCAGAGAGUAAAGGCUUGUUCCCCUAAUCGUCACAGAGUAGGGCAUAGAAAAGAGAGGGAUGUCCAUGCUUAAUUCUAGAGAUUUUUGAGGCAACAUCUUCAGAAAACACGUAAUUUAAUCUUCUCCAUCCUUAGAUAUAGAAGGGCUAUGGAUCACAUACAUUAUCAAAAACGACUCCCUUAAGAAAAAAAGUCUUUUUAAAAUCAUAUUUAAACAUUUCACUCUGUGCUUCAUAUUUCUUUCACCACUGGCCAUUAUUACAGAGACCCAUGAAGAAAAUGUCACAAUCAUCUUACUUGCUCUCUCUCUCUCUCUCAGCAAAAUAAAACUGUGAUGUGUCUUCUUUGUAAAAGUUUAGGUAUAAAAUGCUAUGCAACUUUUUCUUUAUAGUAAGAGCUUUAUUCUCUUUCAUAAUGUACCCCAACUUAUAUGUUUUAAUCUCCCUUGUCCCUCCAAAUAAGCAGAAAAUACAACUGCAGCUGUAAGUCGUAGACACAAGAGUUGAAACUGUGCAGCCAGUAGAGCUGAACUUAGCUAUGAAUUAAUUUAAAUUAAUUCUAAAGUGACUCUGGUUUCCGUUUUAGUCUAUUAGCUAGAGGGUUUUGGCUGUUAUUUUUUUAAAGUUAGGUCCACACAGGGAAGGGAAAAGAGUUUGUGAAGAUGAUCAGUGUAGCAGUAAGACACUGAAAAUCAAGACAACGACAUGGGGGUUUUGUGUACUUGGCUGGAUAAUUCCUUUCCACUGUCCUCUUCCCCUUGGCUGUGUAGAUAAAACCGUGCAUUCAAAUGAUGGUACUUUGACUUUUGAGGGUUUUUAUUUUUGUUAUUCACAAAAUAAUCAUUCUCAUUUAUUUGUAUUGUAUGUUUAACCGCCAGUGGCAUUUUUGGCUGCUGAAACUGCUUUGGGCCAGGAAGAACAAGGAUGAAGAGUUUCUGUCAUUUCUUAUAGGGUUUACAGAAUUAUUUGGGGCUUCAGUGGUACAGUGGAGACAGUCGUAUGGAAUGCUUUAAGAUGGUCUGACAGGGUCCCUUUGCUGGAGGUGUUCCUGAAGAGAUUGAAUCUAGGAAUAGGCUUUAUUUUCAUCUUGUGCACAACAUGACAAAGACUGCUAAGAUUGAAAUCUAUCUCCCAUUGGUUACAACCUCACCUGCACCAGGAUAGAAAGCACGUGAUGGAAUCUGUGAUGUCUAAUGUGUCUUAUGAAAAUUGCUGAACCACUGUCCCUGGGGGAUUCUGCUUUGAUUGGCAUUUGUUGUCACGGGAAUGUAUUUUUGCUGAUAUAUCUGCUCUGUGUUUGGGCCUCUCUUGCUGUCAUUAUGAUGUAUUUUGAGAUGAUUAGCCAAGAGUCAAGGUUGAGAGUGCAGGCCAAGACCAUGGAAAAAAAGCUGUGCUCACUGGCUGAUAAAGAGCUUAAUGCUACCUGACCAAAUGAGGUGAUUCACAUAGAAUCUGGUCACUAACUCUCACUGACAGAAGACAUUGAAAAGGAAGAGGCAGAGUCAUGAUCACAAGGAUAUAUUGACAGUUGUCUAUAGCCAGGGUGGUUAUUAAUACCUGCUUGUUUAGGGAGGUAUGUUUGAUUAUAGAGAGACUCUGGGCUAUCUUCCAACACUGUCAGACGCGUUAGCAGCCCACUACGUGGGACAGUUGCAGGCAGAUACAAGGAAUGUAUCCCCUGCCUAUUUUCCUUGUGUAUCAAAUGAAAAACAUUCUCCCCUGUGAGAAAUAAUGCAAUUUCUAAUUAUCUGGAUGUUCGUUGAAAAUAUAUUAGACAUUUUCCCUGAGGUUAAACAAAAAGUAUAAUGUGACCAGUCUGAUAAAAAGUAUUAAUGAAGUAGCUACUAUUACAGCUCCAUUUUCGACUAGCACCUGUCAUAAUGGUCUUAGUCAUUUUACACAAAUCAGAACUUCCUUCCCCACAGGGGAGGACAGCUUCUUCAUGCUGCGAGCAAAGCAUCCAUUCUGAACACCAGGCAAUAUUGUAGUCUGCAGGGAGUGGAUGCUUCACUUGAUCAGCAGAUCUCGGCUGCAGAGGUCAUUGCAGCUUUUGAAAAGUGAUGUGGUUAAUUUCCAUUGGUGUCUUUGCUUAUAGCAUUUUUCUCUAACCUAUAACAAGGAGACAUGACAUUUUAACUUUUAGAACAUGAGAAUAGCAGUUUUGCUCACGACUUACCAUUCCAGCUGCAUGAGAAAGCAAAGCAGAAAACAGUUUCCCAAAGGGAAAAAGAUACACAAGACAAAACAGUUCUUGGUCUUGUCAAACCUUGCCUGAUGCUCUUUUUAAAGUAAAAUAUGAAUGCUAAGAAGGUAUAACCUACAUCCUUCUCUGUUUUCUUCAGCAGGGGCAAAACAGAGUUUCUAGCAGUGGCGAAUGCUUGUCACUGUGGAGAAAGAGUUUUGUACAUGUCUCAUACUGUUGUUAUAACAAAUCAGAUUUUUUUACUAUAGUUUUUUUUUUUCUAGCUGCACACCCACCAGAAGAGCACAAAGCAAGACCAUUGCAACAGGCAUUUUAAAAUUAAUAUCAAACAUGCACGUGCGUGUACACACACACACACACACACACAAACACACACACAGGGGCGUUUGUAAAGGUGUCCCUGGAAUGUAAGAUUUAUAACUGUUAAAGGCAAGAUGAAGGCAUCGCCAACUGAGUGUCCUUCACAGGACUAGUGUAUAUUCACUGAAAGUUAACCUGAUGAUUUGUUAUUGUUUGAACCAUAUGCUGAUUUGCUUCUGGUUUCUGUUUAGUGUGUUCUCUCUGACAAGGGGCUGGAAGAUUCUGCAUCACACAUCCUCUGAGACCUACCAUGUCGCACACUUUGUUAAUGACAAACUUCACUCUACACUAUACAGUACCUUGUUGAUAUAUUCAGUAAAGUCUUAUUUUAAAAGAAAACCACAUUGUGUUUAUCUGAGUAAGUUCAUUGGAAUACAGUCAAUACUUGUGCUGUUAAUGAGGGCUGCUUCUUGAUGCAGGAGGGCAGGAAUAAAGGAGGUAAUAGGAUUUUCGUAUUCUCCUAUCAUGAAACUGACUUGCGUUUCUAAAGUCCAUUUGAUCCUUUUUGUGUGAGGAGUUUAUAUGCAACCCUCAGGUUCUUUUAAAUUUCCCAACUAAAUCAUGUGUUCCCAUGAAUAUCUUCUAGGUAUACAUACAUACACAGAGCAUCUUAUUUUAUGUUGGUGAAAUCUAUGUUGUUUAGUAUAUAGAUAAUGCCAUUGUACUUAUCCAAUCAGAAUAGUCUUUUUCCCUAUUUCAUAAAAGAUGCUAUUGGUUUAAUUUUUUAAUUUUUUAAACAGGGUCUCAACAUGUUGCCCAGGCCGGUCUUGAACUCCUGGACCCAAGCGAUCAUCCUGCCUCAGCCUCCCAAAGCACUGGGAUUACAGGCAUGGGACACCAUGCCCAGCCACACUAUUGGUUUUAAAUGUUAGUUUUCUUUAAGAAUUCUCAUAGUACUUUUCUUAAUCAGAAUUGUUUAUAGCACAUCCAUACAUCCUUUCAAUAGGCACGCAUGGAAAUGUAUCUAUUCAUAUCCUCAGGUUCAAUUCUAAUUAGUCUCAUAUGAUUUUUCAGAACUCUGUUUCCUAGCCCCCCUUGGCCAUUUCAUUAAUAAUAUAUUUGACAGAGAUUGAAUCAAGAAAUAAAUGUAUGAGAUUUCAGUUAGCUACUAUUACUUGUUUGUAAAAUCUCUGUUGGAACACUGACUAUGAAAAGACAGUGUUAACAGGUAAUGCAUAUUACAUUUGGGUAAAUGUAGUGUCUAAAUUUUAUCCAAAGUAAUGUCCAUGCUAUUCUUGGGUACUUUUGCCAAGAGUUACAGACUUUAUCCUAUGCAGACUAAACCAUUAGUCAAAAUAUACCAACAUUAAUUCAAAAUAAUUGAUUAGCAUCUGCCUACUCUGUUCCAAACACUAAGCUUAGUGACUGGCUGAGUUCAGAGACCUCACAGAAUAAUGAAAUGUGUUCUUAGCCAAAUCAAGCAUAUCUUCUCCCUCACUAUGUCCCUGAAGAAACCUCUUCAUGGGAUAUAUUUACUAUUUAUCUACUUUCUACAGCACUAUGUUAGGGUCUUCCAGGUAUUCAGAGGAAAAAUGUCUGUGAGCCAUUAAGGAACUCACAGAUCAGGUAAUAAACACUUAAUGCAUUCCAGUGUCUCAGAGCCCGUGUAAUCACUUUACAUCAUUAAAUGAACAGGACAUCUAAGGUGACAAAAAAGAUGUUUCUACCUGUUGGUAAAAUUGACACAUCUUUCAUAUAUUACAUGUUUUUGCUUUUUAGUUGAUGCAGCAAUGAGAGAGUACAUCGAUAAAGACAGAAUUUAAUUUGAAUUAAAUUUUCAAAUUUCCACCAAGUAUUUGAAAACUUAGAAAUUGUAUUUGGUAAUUACACAUGCAGCCUCUUAUAUUUUUAUUAAGCAUCACAAUGGAAAUCAAUCUAAAAGAGUGAUAAUGGCACCUGAUGAUUACUAACAACCUAUGUUUAUAUAAGAUCACGUGCAAACUGUCUGAUACAUGUUUGGACUUUGCCUUCAAAAUAACCCUGUAAGAUGCAUUAUUUUAAUUCAUAGCUUUUAAAACAUAGCUUCAAGAGAAAUUAAGUGAUUAGACCAUAGCCACAAAUCCUGUCAAUGGCAGAGUUGGGAAUUACCCCUUAGCAUGACUCUAUGGACUCCUAAUUGUUUUUCUGCCUCUUAAUAGAGUAUACCUGA